AUGGCCUACGAUGGAUACCAGUCACCUCCCAACUCGGGCUACCAGGGAAUGGGAAAUAUGAACACGGAUCCUAAUGAUAACCAUGGCUACACGCCGACCCCUCCUUACCCCUCGUACUAUGAAUCCGAUCAUAUCACUAUGCCUCAGCCUCAGAUGCCUCCCGCGUCAUCGGCUCCUCCCCCACAGAGCUACGAAUACCCUGAGCCAUCUCGUCCAGGCAACUCCAACUCGGGCCAUAUCAACGACGCUGUCAGCUCAGCCGUGUAUAAUAACGCAAACUCCAACUCCUACCUCUCACCGGAAGUCCUGUCCCAGAUCACUUCCACCGUCAUUCAGCAGCUCAAGGCGUCCGGCAUGAGUGACAUCCAAGGCUCCCCUCAAAACACUCAAUCCCAGUACCCACCUCCACCCCCACCUCGACCACAGUCGCAGUCACAGGCGCAGCAGCAGCCCUGGAUGGCGCCGCCAACCGAUCUCCCACUUCGCCCUCAAUCCGAGUCCCCAUCGGCUCCGCUUCAUCAACGAAGUGGAUCUAUUCCGCCCCCAAGCGCAAUGCCGAAUAACUUUGAGGUUCCGCAGUCGCAGCCAUAUUCUGGCUACUCGAGCGAUACACGAUCCAAUUCGAAAACCUCGCCGGAUCCGACCCCGCGUAGAACUGGUUCAAUGUCGAGUCAGGGGAGCGUGAGAGCUGAGGCGCGGCCAAAACCCCCUGAUCGAGAUGCGACGGUCAUGGAAAUGACCACACUGGAGAAGGUCUGGGGCAAACUGUUUGAAGAUGAUAAGCCGACACCGAGACUUGGACAAUUCUUGCGCGGCAUUGCGAUGCAUUUGAUUGAAGAUUACCCGCCCGGUAAUACGCUUGUUAUUAUUCCGCAGAAGCUGCAGAAGUUCUACGCAGACACCAAUGUGUCGCCUGAUGCUUAUCCAUGGCAGGAUAUAUUCGAUGACAACACUUCUUCAAUCUCUAGGCUAUUCCGAGAAGUCAAGGCUCAGCACCACCUUGUGCAGAAGGAUGAUCUUUCAGAGCGACCUGAUAUUCCCGGCUUGACACCCAAAGGUUUCGAGACGUGGGCGACACUCAUGAUACUAGCCCACCCAGACCGCGAGUAUGAACGCCUGCAGAAGGCUGUACUCAACAUGCCGAUCAGCAACCCAGACGACAAGAAGGAACGAUUUCCCAAAGAGAUUCCCCGACGCUUGUUCCCCGAGUUCGCUGAUCUGAAGCUACGAGAGGCUACCGAGCUACAUAUCAUGAAACACUGCGGCGUCGAUCUCCCUCGCAUCACCGAUGAAGAACGAUCCAAAGCGAGCCGCCCGAAGGCCUCCCCUCCUCUCGGCAGCGGUCGCAGCAGUGGUCUCAGCAGCCCGAGAAACGCCUCAACUGAACGAAGUCGAUCCUACGAGAGGGGCCGCCCUCCACCCUCCGCUUCAUCGUCCACCGCCAUCCUUGACGAUGAGGACGAAACUAUUCCCCCAGCCCCCAUCGAACGUGAGCGAAAGCCUUAUUCCGCCAACCCUGGCGGUGGAAAGGUUUACGAUGAAGUCGGCAAUCCUCGCACCCACAGGGAUUCCUUCACGCGACCAUCUGAUAUUCCACCUGCAUCCACUUCCAGCCACCGAGUCUCCACGAUACCGCGCUCUCCAACCCGGGACUCCCUAUAUGCUCAGCGUUCCGGUUCCGGUCCAGCUCCCUAUCAUCGACACUCGAAAGGGCACUCGCGCACAUCGCGCAGUUCCUCACGCAGUAUCGAUGGAUACAGACACUCCGAAAGUGACCUGCUAGGCCGCGAUCAUACUCCGCGGUAUGGCAACGUGUCUACCAACGAUUUAUACAUGGAGCCGACCGCCAUGUCACCUGAUGCUGAUGACGCCCGUUAUCAUGGUUCGCACCGUAAUAGUCGCACUGAUGAGGAUUACUACCGUGGUUUGCUUGGUGGACAGGGCGGUGGUCCCAAGUAUUACUGA